AUGUCUCAAAACGGAAAGCAUUGUCUUGUCUUCGGAGCCUCAGGCAUAUCAGGAUGGGCGCUGCUGAAUGCGAGUGUCAACUACCCCUCUCCAACGACGUUUCAUCGAAUCACAGGGCUGUGCAACAGGCCAUUGACCAAAGAAGCUGCUUACCUUCCUGCGGAUCCCCGCAUUAAUCUGGUCUCGGGUAUUGAUCUCACGGGUUCUGUCGAGAGCGUUGUGAAGGCUCUAAAGGAGAAAGUAGAGCAAGUCGAGACAGUCAGUAUUGUAUACUUCUGCGCAUACAUUCAGACCGGGGACUUCCAAUCACUGAGGAAGGUUAAUACGGAGCUUAUCCGUGUCGCAAUCACGGCCAUCAACGAGGUCGCCCCUAAUCUGGAAACUGUCAUCCUGCAAACCGGUGGCAAGAGUUAUGGCGUUGAAUUCCCCGAUAAGGUGACCAUUUCUGCUCCAUUGAAGGAGGAUGCCCCUCGUAUCCCGGAGCCCUGGGCGAGCAACAUCUUCUACUACUCUCAGCAUGACGUUCUGAAAGAACUGUCUCAGGGAAAGAAGUGGACCUUCUCUGAGAUUCGGCCAGACGCGAUUGUGGGUUUCGUUCCCGGUAGAAACGUGAUGAAUGUCGUGCAAGGAGUCGCCUUCUAUCUUACUCUCCAGCGUGAAGUAAAUGGCCCAGGCGCCACUGUUCCAUUCCCAGGGACGGAAAAGAGUUACAGAGCCACCCAUACCGACACGUUCCAGGAUAUUCUGGCCAAGAUGGAGAUCUAUGUUUCCCUUAACCGUGAUAAGUGUCCAAAUGCGUCCAUUUUCAACAUCACGGAUGGUGAGGUUGUAACCUGGGCGGACGUUUGGCCGGGCCUGUGCUCGUACUUCGGUCUCAAGGGCAGCGGUCCUACAGAAAACACCACACCGGUCGAAGAAUUUGUGGAGAAGAACAAAAGUGCCUGGCAGAACCUGGUUCAGAAGCAUGGAUUGAAAACAGGUUAUCUCGAGAUAACAAACUGGAAGUUUGUGGCCUUCUUGAUCGAAGCUGGUGAUUUCAACAGGGAAUACUCCAUUGACAAAGCGCGCUCGAUCGGCUUUGAGGAGAGUAUCCCAACUGUCAAGGGGUAUACUACCUCAUUUGACCGAAUGAGAGCUGCUAAGAUUCUUCCACCGAUUUAA